AUGUAUAAUCAAAUUUCCCAAACCUCUUCUACCUCCUUGCUCCUUCCACCAGACUCUGAUUCUUCGGACGAUCAAACCAACAGUGGAGAUUCUUCGCGCACUCGGCACUCGAGAAAGUCGUACCCUCGAUUCGACAACGGCUUGUCGUCGAGGUCUGACGUUCUCUCCGCGUUGACCAAUUCUCGGAUCAAUCCAUACAUGAUUGUGCCAGACAAGGACGGAACGGACUUCGAGCUUCAGAGCUUAGUGUGCACCUAUGCGGUCCUUCACGACAGCAAGCAGUUGGUACCGACGAUCAUCCCAGCUAAGUUUGGUGAAGCUUUCGAUGCAAUCGUGCGGUUAAACACUGCUUGGAUAGAGCAGAGUCUGAGAGAAUUUGCGAAGCGAAGGAAGUCUGUCUCCGAACGGUGCACAGAGCCUAUCUGCGGAUCUUUCACGUGGUGCGGAGGAGGCAAUCAAUGGAGCGGCUGGCUACAGCUACAGAAAGCGUCCUCGCCCGAGCUUUCCGUGAAGAGACAGCAGCACAAAGACCUUUCCUCGUAUCGCAGCCCUUUCGCGUGCAAAAUCGUGCGAGCAAUAGACAUGGCAAGCAAGUUGCGGUUCAGUAGCUCAGUAGAGUACUGCUGA